GGCCUGCUGGGCAUCCAGAGGGGAAAUUAUGUGAGCGGGUGCCACGUGAACAUUAACAGGGUGCUAGAAACAACACGUCAGGGAGAGUGACUGGGCCAGGAACGGUCGGUGCUAAGCCACUUCUCCUCCAAGAGACACCACGAGGGGCAGUGCCAGGAGAGAAGAGGCAGCGGGGCUGGGCUGGGGGGCAAUGACAGGACAAGAGGCACCGAGCAGGGACACGGGCGAGACUGGACGAGACAGCGGGGCUGAGGGCGGAGGCGCCGGCAGGGGUCAAACAGGACGUGCGGAGCCCCGCGGAGCCCCGGGGCCUAGCGGCGGCCGCCGGCUCUGGGGCGCUGCCGGCGCUGAGGCGUCGCCAGGGCCGCGCUCGGGGCCGCCGCAGCAACGGCCGCGAUGGCGGCGCGGCCGCCCCUGCCCGACUCGGUGCUGGUGCAGGUCCUGGCGCUGCUGCCGCUGCGGGACCGGCUGCGAGCGGCCAGGUAGGGUGUCCCCGGGCGGGAGCGGCCGCCUGCCGCUUCCCCGGCCCGGCGCUGACGGCCGAUCGCCUCCCCGCAGCGUGUGCCGGCGGUGGCAGCGGCUGGCGCAGGACCGGGCGGUCUGGACGCAUGUGGAUUUGAGCCCUCACCGGAUCAGCCGCCGCACGCUGUGGCACCUGGUGCGGCACCGGCUCCCCGACAGCCUGUGCACGCUGCGGAUGCGCGGCGUGCCCCGCUCCCGCGGCAAGCAGCGGCUCCUCUCGCCGGCGCUGCUGGCCGCCCUUCGCAAGCGCUGCCCCCAGCUGCACCGGCUGUGCCUGACCGAGACCGACCUCCGCCACGUCCCGUACGAGAGCAUGCCCGCCUCUGUCACCACGCUGGAGCUGAGCCUCUGCGACAUCCCCGAUGCCUGGUUCUGCGUGUCCCCUUCGCUGCCGCCGCCGCAGGUACAGCACCUCGCUAUCCACAGCAUUCCCACCUUUUCUGACCAUCACCUUCUUGACAUUUCCUCACAGAACCACUUGAAGACGCUGAGCCUUUGUGGCACUUACCGCGUCACUGACAUGGGGAUCCAAGCGGCAGCUCCACACCUGGAAGCGCUCGAACGCCUGGUUCUGCGGCACUGCAUCAUCGGCGAUGCUGCCAUGGUGUUCAUCGGGCGCCACAUGAAGCGGCUCCGCCACCUGGAAAUCAGCAAUGCCUACUUCCUGACGAACAGGGGGCUGGUUGCCAUCGUGGCACUGGAGCGCCUGGAGACCCUGUGCCUCGACCUCUAUGAUUUGGUCUCCCUUGGUACUGUCAUCGCUUUGUUGCAAGUGCUGCCUCGCCUGAACCACCUCAAAUUAGGUGGCACUUGCUUUGAAGAUGAACUCCUUGGUAAAAUUCAGGAGAAUUUUCCACACUGCACCAUAUCUCACACUCUGUGACAGCCUGAAGUUCUAUCCUUCCUUAGUACACCUGAAGUGCUCCUUUUCUCUCUUUUUUUUUUUUUUUUUUUUUUUUAAAGCCUGUUUUCCUGUAGCUUUGGGACAGAAUUCCCAUUGGCCUUAAAAUAUUAUGGGGUUUUUUCACAUAAAUAUGUUAAAGAGCCUGUCAGGUAAAUAAGUUUUUUAACAAGCUUUUGGUAGGAUUCCCCCCUCCUUGUUUUCCAUGGAUCAGAGGAGUAGGAAAGCUGGGAAGCACACCCAGCCUUUGGGAACCCCACUGACCAAAAACUGGCUGGGGUGAUGACAAGUUUAAGCUCUGUCUUCUUUCUCCAUUGCUGAGGAUUAGACAGCAGCUUAAUGAGUGCAGAAUGCAAGGAGUGAAGUGAAGUGAAGCACCCUUCUGCCAUGGAAAAAACAGACCUGGCAGCCAAAACCUCACAAUUACCAAUUCCUUUGCUUCAAAUUCAGAUCUUCAAGUCACUUGUCAGACUGGUCAUGAGGAUUCCUGAACACUUGGUCCCAAAAUCCAGACAUCCCGUUUGCCCCCAGGCACUGCUGGGGCUGCUGUUCCCUCUGGGUUUUGCUGGUAACAUCCUCAUCUUCUCAUCACCUUUUAUUGUCUGUUCACAUCCUCUUCCUCCCCCAUCCCCCAAUAUCUUAGCACCAGAUAACCACCUCAAUGUUAUGUUGUUAUUCUUAUUUUUUAGUCUCUAUUUUAAAGCAAAUAUUGUAUUUAUUUUUAAAAAACUUGCAAGCUUUUAAGUUUCAUUUAAAUCCUUGUUUUUAGGACUUGGGUUUUUAUUUUUUUAACAUGCUUCAGCAUCUCUCCUGCCCCUUAGGACAGCCUUCCUUGUGAAGAGAGCAUCCCACAGGAAACAGAGAGGACAACUAAUGCCUCAGUUGAGCCUUUUCUGUUUUCAUGCCAAACACCCCCUGCCCUCCAUUCAGCUGCAGCACCUGCAAUAAACCUUUGGGUUUCAGACGCUCCUGGAUGGCAGUGACCCUCCAUGUGAUUGAAAUCCUCAUUGCUGUCAGGUGGCCUUUGUGCCCUUGCCUCUUUUUUGUUCCUAAACCCAGUCUCAGGGUAGCUUCAGGGCAAAUACCCAAAGGUAAAACGUUCCAGCUCUGCUUUGGAAAGCAUCCCAAGGCUUAGUAACUACCACUCUGUUUAUCCCAGACAAGGAGAUUAACACUGGUGGAAUCGGUUUUAUUAAAACCUCCAGCAUUCCCUGUUCCAGCACUCUCUGGGAUGGGCAGGGACAGUACAACAGGAAAAAUCCAUCAGUCAGUCAAGGAGAGUGAGAGGCAGCAAGAACCUCAAUGUUCCCCUGAUCUUUGCGGCAGGAUCUUUGCAAUCCUGGUGGCACAACAACAGAAUUUAAUAUCUCCACAGUCAUUCCAGUUUUCCAUUAACUAACUGCUAAACAGGGAACAGCAAUUACAGAUUGAUACGGUGCAAAGUGGAGUGGUUUAGGUUUGGAAGCAGGAAGGGAACGGUAAAUAUUGGAUUACUAUGGGCAAAUUAGGGGAAUAAACAACUGAAAGGUCUUUAAUCAGCAGUGCUGGUUCUGCUCACCCUCCCCACAUACCUGCGUGAAGCUCUUUGGAGGGCCAUUCCUGACCUUUAUUUCUUCUGAUUUCCAAAUCCAAGGGGUUUCUACUCAGUUCAUUUCAUCUUUUGCUGCCUUGAGCAUUUCUUCCCCCAGCCCCACCUUCCCAGUGUCCAUACACAUCAUUACA